CUCUAAACAUCACUGUUGCGUUUGCGCAGACUCUUCGAGCGCUCGCAUUCAAUCGCUAACGCCGCGCCGGUGCCUACCUACAAGCUGCUCAACAAAUCGUGAAAUGAACGUGCUACUGUGAAAAUAAAUUGUGAAUUAGCAAAUUGAACUUUGGUUAUUUGACAACGAAAUGGCUAUUUUAACUUUUGAAAAAUUUACAGGCGUGGUGCCCGUGCGGUUUAAUGUGUGGGUGAUGAUGUUCACGAGCUGCUGGGUGGCUUACAUGCUGAGAGUCAACAUGAGCCUCAACAUCAUCGCCAUGGUGCCUCAAGUCGAGAGCAAUACCACGUCACAUACACAGUGUAGCGCUAAAGAUGAUCCAAUAAGGAACACAACUUUGGGGCACGCUGACAUUGCUGACGUCAGGCAGGCUCCGAGACAGACACCUGGCACCGGUUCUUUCGACUGGAGCGCGGAGCAGCAAGCGAUGAUCAUCGGCUCGUACUUCUGGUGCUACCCCGUGACGUCGCUGAUCGGCGGCAUGGCGGCGGAGCGCUGGGGCCCGCGCUAUGUGGUGCUGAUUACGUCGCUGGUGAGCGGGGUGCUGACCGUCCUGACUCCGGCUGCUGCACGCUUGCAUUACAUCGCUAUUGUCGUUGUGCGGUUCACACUGGGUAUUGCAGGCGGUUUCAUUUAUCCGGCACUCCACGCAUUAAUCGCACGAUGGUCGCCACCAACAGAAAAGGGAAAAUUCGUCAGCGCAAUGAUGGGAGGAACCAUGGGCACUGUGAUGACUUGGUCUGUCACAGGUCCUCUAGUGGAGAAAUUCGGAUGGGCCUCGGCUUUCUACGUUCCAGGCGUGUUGACUUUGGUCUGGUGCGCGGUAUGGUGGUACAUUGUGGCUGACUCGCCGGCAGAACAUCCGAGGAUCAGCGAUAAGGAAAGAAAGUAUAUUCAGGAUGCUUUGGGAGACAAAGUCAAGAAAUCAAAGGGUCUCCCGCCGUUCAAGAGUAUUCUAACAUCAUUGCCUUUCCUGGCCAUGAUUAUAUUGCACUACGGAAAUCUCUGGGGCUUGUACUUCAUAAUGACCGUGGGGCCAAAGUUCGUGUCAAGCGUGCUGGGCUUCCAACUGUCAGCCGCCGGUGUUAUAUCAGCUCUGCCAUAUUUAGCCAGAUUAUUCCUGUCUGUUAUAUUCGGGGUACUCGGGGAUUGUAUUAUGGCGAGAAAUCUGAUGACGACGACACAGAUUAGGAAAUUCUUUUGUUUGUUCUCGCAUAUAAUUCCCGGGGUAUUCUUGAUAUUGCUGGUGUACGCGGGAUGCUCGACGGCAUUGUCCGUUGCCUUGAUCACUCUGUCGAUGGGGGCCAACGGCGCGGCGACACUCACCAACCUGCAGAACCACCAGGACCUGGCGCCGAACUACGCCGGGAGCUUGUAUGGCAUUGCCAAUGCUAUUGGAAGCACUGCCGGCUUCUUCACGCCGAUGAUUACAGCCUAUUUCACAAGGAGUGGGAAUGGCUUCGAGCAGUGGCGGCCAGUAUUCUUCAUCGGCGCCUCGGUGUACAUUGUGGCAGCCAUCUUCUUCAUAUUCUUUGGAACUGGAGAGACUCAGGACUGGAACUUUCCUAAAGAUGACGAGGAGUCAGAGAAAUCAAAGAAAACCGAUCUCAAAGAUGCGAAAGACACUCCACUUAGUGUAAUUAGUUCCAAGUAAUAUUUAGAAAAAUGUUUAUCUAAUAUGUUUAUAGGACUUUUAGAAAUAACAAUGUUAUGAUCUGAGUAUAAACCGAUUUUAUGAAUGGACUUUAAUCAUAAGGUUAGGUAGGUAUGUUUCAUUUGUGAUGCCUGUGAAUCAUAAAGAAGUUCAGCCAUAACUUGCCAUUUGACCUGUUUUCACCAAAAGUGGAUAGCCUUGAAAUUUGUUAUUCUGUCGGUUAUUUUUUGCAUAGCUGAACCCAACCUUAUAAGUAUCUCUAUCUUUUUUAUUUAUUUUUUAUUCGUGUUGAUAACGUCAACGAAGGUGCAACUACUCAGUUUUAAGGCGAUAAGCAUCAGUAUGAUAUAGGCAUUUAUAAAGAAAUAAAAUACAAAUUAUGCAUUACUUGUAGUCUGUAUUUAGUUUUAGAAUUGUAUUUUACUUAGGUUUAGAAUGAUUGAACGUAUAAAUGGUGUGAAAUGUAAAUAUUUUUAAACUGACAAUAUAAUAAUUUAUUCAUAUACGAGUAUAAAAUUUAAUAGACUGUGAUUGUAUUUAUAUAAUAUUUUACCAAAUCGUGACCAAAUGGAAUGUGAUGUAGUUUUAGAUUUAUUUAGUACCGAUUGGUUUACCUCAUGUCUUGAGGGAUCUGAAAUCUCAGCACUUUUAAAAAUAUAAUCAGUAACAGAACAACUUGGUUCAAUAUUUUUUUUCAGUGAUGUACCUACAGUCAAAUGCAUAGAGAUUUCUUUGAAGUUUGGUGUCGCGUUUCUCUUUGAAUCUGACUGUACGUACACGUCAAUGUUGACUGUACAAUGCAUAUAAUUUCGAAAACAUUUCAACUCUCAAAAAUUCUCAGUCUACGGAUGUCAUUGGAUUAUUUAUUUAAUUGGCAGGUAAACUAAUUAUGUAUCCUGAAGCAUGUGUUAUACGGAACAGGGAUAAGUUUUUAAAACGACAGGCGUGGUUCUGAGAUUUAUUUAACGAUAUUAAAUAACAAUCAAUAAAUAUGCCAUUAAUUUACACCAGUGAUGUAUUUAUACUGAGAAUUAAGUUCCUGGCCCCGUAGCCGAAUGGCAUUUCUCCGACGCCAAACGAAAACGAAACGCCGCGCCAGUUAGUCGGGCUCUGUCGCGCCAAUGUGCAAGAGCGAUAGAGAUAGAUAUCUAAUAGCGUUUCGUUUCGUGAGCGUUUCGUGAGCGUUUGUGCCAUUGGGCUACGCACCCUGUUUAGAUUAUUGUAAAAAAAACAGCAAAUAUUGUAUAAACUGCUUUGGAUGCUCAGUAGGUAUCAGAGAAAGAAAGGGUUCCAGUAAACUCGAAUCGAUGUAUAUAUACUUACUAUUAUUUCCUCUUCACACUAUGAUCGUUUCUGUUAAGUAAAUUACUGUAAGUCAUAUUGUACAUUCCUGUUAUCAUUAUAGUAUUCUUUUACUACAGUAUUCGUUCCGUUUUGUAGGGGUAGUUCAAUGAUUUAGUAAAUUAUAAAUAUUAAUUAUUUUACACCAAUAGAUCUGAUAUUACUGUAUAUUUAAAGCUAUACCCGGGCCAUUUUUUUCAAAGCUGUCCACCCCACUUUUUUCACAGAAUCGCGAGCUCUUUCAAUCCUAAUGGGAGAAAAAAGUGCCCCAAGGUUUUUUUUCUAUUCCGUUACCAUUUUUACAUACAU